UACACACACUUCCUGCUCUAGUCUCGUUCUGAGUCAGCUCAGUUCCAUCAGUCGACAGCCAGUCAGCGGGAGCGCAGAGGAGGGAUGGCGGAGAAGAGCCCUGACCCGAGCGGCUCGAAUGGUCGGAGGUGUCCCGUUCUUUUUCCCGGUGAGAGACUGCAGCCGUCGGGAAGCGGCUCGUCCAAAUGGGUUCGUCUGAACGUCGGCGGCACGUACUUUCUCACAACGAGACAAACGCUGUGCAGAGACCCGAAAUCUUUCCUGUACCGCCUGUGCCAGGCCGACCCCGACCUCGACUCUGACAAGGAUGACACGGGUGCUUAUUUGAUAGACCGUGAUCCCACUUAUUUUGGUCCGGUGCUCAACUAUCUGAGACAUGGGAAGCUGGUGCUGAACAGAGGCCUUGCAGAGGAAGGUGUGCUGGAAGAGGCUGAAUUCUACAAUAUCACUUCAUUGAUUAAACUGGUUAAAGACAAAAUCAGGGAGCGGGAUUGUAAAACGGCCCAGCUGCCCGUGAAGCACGUCUACAGAGUCCUACAGUGUCAGGAGGAGGAGCUGACACAGAUGGUCUCCACCAUGUCAGAUGGCUGGAAGUUUGAACAGUUGGUUAGUAUCGGCUCUUCGUACAACUAUGGAAAUGAGGAUCAAGCUGAGUUCCUCUGCGUGGUCUCUAAGGAGCUGCACAAUCAGUCAUACGGCACAAACAGCGAGCCCAGUGAAAAGGCCAAGAUUCUUCAAGAACAAGGCUCUCGAAUGUGAAACAACUGUUUUAUUUCCUCCGGUCCUGCAGUUGCCGGGCAAAACAACGUGCACCAUAUCACACCGAGAGAGAAAUUUGACAAGCGGAAUGACAACCUAUUUAAAGUGGAUGUUCUGUUUUGAUUUCGAAUAAUUGACACUUGUUUGUGCCUGCACAGUUAUACCGGACUGUUGGUUCUUGACAUCGGCAGAUCUAUCUGAAUCGUUUUGUUUGAAAGGUAGGAAUAUGCACGUCAUUAGUAAGCUGAGCAAAAAGGGCCUCAAUCACGUCUGGUCCAAUCAUAUUUACUCAGGGUCUCUAAUCGACUUUCACAAAAUAUGUUUAUCACAUCAUUUGUGGUCCAAUGAGCAAUUUUGUCAAAAAAAAUAAAAAAAUAUAUAUAUAUUUAAAACUGUAUAUAUUAUGCCAGGAAGUUAAAUCUCAUCAUUUGACAUUAUAAUUAAGAGUGAAAAAAGUAUUUUUGAUUGAGAUUACAAUAUUCAGAUGGCUUAUGUGUAACGUUGACUGGUAAGGAAUGGUGGAUUUUUAUAGCAAGGAUUUUUGUUUUAGCAUGUUUGUAGGAACAGAUGAGAUGAUUUUGUUGAUUUUUUUUUUUACUUGCGUAGUGUUAGUUUUUAUACCAGAAGGGUGAAAGAACAUCCAUAACAGUUUGCCUCAAAGUUUCCUCACGUUUUGUGAGGUUUUGCUGUUGCUGCCUUGAGUUGGUUAAAAACAGAACAGAAAAAUGUUUGUCUUCCAUCCCCACAUUCAUUCCAUUAGGAUUUUUGUUAAACUGGAACUUUUAUUUAAAUGUUUUUUUUUUUUCAUGACCCCAAAAAAAAACACCCGACACUGUUAACAAAUGAAACGCGUUGACUUUGUGAAAGAGAUGUUUAUAGCUAGAUUUGGUUUAGAUGGAGAAUUAAGGCAAGGCUACAAAGGAAUUGAGCCUGAUUUGUUUUGGCAAUACCGUUUCGAACAACGCUUUACUUACAUGACAGUGACUGUUAAUUAGUGGUGUUGUAGGGCGUCUUUUGUUCACACUUUGGUAAGUGAUGGAGACCGAAAGGGCACUUCUAGAAGAGUGAAAAAAUAUUAUCCACAUAGUUUAACACUGCAGUUUUUGAUUUGCUUUGUUUCAACUUGUUCAAGUUGAAUUUAGAUUCCAAAUAUACAUAAUCCUGUAGUUUUAUUUUAAAAAAAUAAUAAUAUUUUGACAAUGUUGCCUUUAACGAACCUACACAAGAUCUGAAUUUCAUUUGGAAUUGUGGUCAGGGAAAUAACACAUCACUUUUGCUAGGCUAAAAGCAUAUCUAUUUGACGUUGUGUAUAUAGACUAAAGAGCAUAAUAUUCAGUGCAUGUUAUUUUUCCUAAUCCUCUCACACACACACACACACACACACACACACAAAGGGCUUUUACUAGUGGAAUACAAGCUAUAAUUUUUUGCAGAGAUUCAUCCGAUCUCUUAAUAUUGCCUGAUCAAGGCGAAGUUUACAUGGCUAGUGUUUUAUAACAAUAAUACUACACGUUUACUUACCUUGACUAUGUGACACCACAUUCUAGUUUGGUUUCAAGAACUGUAUGUUUACAUAUCCUCUCAAUUACCUAGUUAGUUACUGUCAACCUUGUGUCUUAGCAGCUAGAGAGGAGGUUUGGGUCCUUAUCAGUGGAGUGUUCUGUUGCUUGCUCACUGAGUCAGUGUCUCGUGGUGAAAUGUGCCUCUGUUAAAGCCUCCGAGGCUCCACACAGUGCGUGGCAUCCAGACAGCGCACUGAAAACACCCAUCGCUCACCGCCGACGUCCAGGCCGAGACACUGGAGAGUGAUGGUUAUCAUCACUGUGUAGGGCGCUGCAGCCCUUAAACUCGUUUUUUUUUUAACGUCCUGCCUCCCAGAUCUUGGUGGAGAAAGUAGGAUGUGCACACUGAUGCACCGAUCACACGUCUCCAUUAUGCCUGCUUGCAUUAACUCGUUUCUGAUGGGCACCAGUUUUGUUUUGUUUUCCUGAGGCGGGCAUGGGUGUCUGAUGUCAUGCCUCCGAUUUUUCUUUUUCUUUCGUUCUCCAUUAAAAGCGUGCAAUCUGCAAAAUGUAUUUUGAAAAUGGGCAGAAGCGGACUGAUAUGUCUUUUGCUCCACUUUGUCACUGCUGUUCCUAUACUCUAUUAUCCUAUAACAUGUUUUUGUAUUUGUAUUUUUUUUAUUAUGCUUACAAUUUGUGUAUUCACAUAGUAUAUUAUAUAUGUAAUUGCAAGUUACGACCGGGGAAAAUGUAUAUGAUGGUAAUGCUAGAACCUGGUCAAACUAAAUAAACACUUUUGAAUUCUGAA